AUGCCUGAAUAUAAGGGAGUCUGCCACUGCGGUGCCAUCGAGUGGACCGCUGAAAUCCCAGAGGAGAAGCACAUUCUCUGCCACUGCGGCGCUUGCAAGUUGAUGGGCGGCGGCGAAUUCACCUUGAACCAAAUCAUUCCCAAAUCCAACUUCCACCUGACCAAGGGCGAUUUGAAGGUCUAUUCCUACAAGGGUGACUCGGGUGAUGACAAGAUCGUCAUCCGAACGGGUCUAUUGAAGGGCACCGACAAAUGGGGCAAACCCGCCGCCGAGAUCUACGACAAGGAUCGGGCCUCAUGGCUCCCUCAGACCGCCGAUGCCAGCUUCCCCGUGGUCCCUCCCUCGUAG